UUAUAAAUACACAAUUAAUACUUAUUUACUCUUAGGAUUUGAGCAUUGCCAUGAAUUUAAUGUAUCCCAUAUUAUACCGUUAUGUGGUAAUUGGGAUGUUAUAUAAGGAAGUAUCCAUGUGAGAUACCAUCGUUCACCUAAUACUUCUUUUAUAUUUUGUUUUGAACCUAAAUUGUAAAUAUGAAUAUUUUUGUUGCUUUCAUUAGCUACGCUACCAUUUAGGAUUAAACGAAAGUGAUAAAUGCAUAAAAUACCGGUAUACAACAUUCCUACAGUAGAUACAAUAUAUAACAUUAAGUAAAAUUGAUCUAUAGAGCCAUCAAAGCCAAACACGAAAAUUGCUAACGGAAAAACAAUUUUUAUGAUUGACAUGGGAAACUCAAAAUGUAUCCUACUCCAAAUAAAAACAUUAUUAAAACAAAAACCAUAUGUUGUUGCUACAAAUAAGUAAAAAAGAAACAUGACAAAGUAUCGAUGGUUAUAAUGACCAAUACAACAUCCAGUAAAAAUGCAAUGAUGAUCCCUCUUUAAAAUACAAAUGUUACAUAUUGGGCAGUGCCAUGAACGUGGAGGUGCAAGUGUUUCACACGAAGCGCACAGUCUCCAACCAUUUUUAGUAUUUGCAGCACUUAUUGGCAUAAUAUCUCUCCUUGUACUUGUAUCGCAAAAGACUACAUAUGUGAAAUUUCCAACUAUGUUCAACAUGAUGAAAUUUCCAAGGAGAAAAUUUAGUGUGUACGGUAAUGAUCCAAAUCCGUAUACAGCCGGUAAAACCACCCAUAAUUCAAACCAAUAUAUCAGAGGUACAAUGGUUACUAUAAAAGUCAUUGAAAGGAAAUCACUCAAAGUACGGGGCCAAAUCUUUUUUCUCAUAAUCAUUUUUAGUGAUUUCUUCUCUUCUUUCCGUGGAACACGUGAUUCUACUUAGCAGACACAACCACCUUUCGUGCAUGCAUGUUCAUUUCACAACAUAGUUUCACAUUAACCUAAAAGUUAGCUAUAGAUCAUUCCUUGUUUUUCUUCAAUUUUUUAAAAUUCUUAUGCAUAUUACUUAAUAUUUUUGUAAAUCAUGUACUUACGAAUUAUUUGAAUGAAUUUAUUACUUUGUAUUCUGUAUUAAAACAUUUGGAACUUCUUGUAUACGCGCGAAGUUUAACCUCUUUCCAAACUUCAUUCCAUAUUCAUUGUCUAACUUCAGACGUGUUUCUUAUUCGAUUGAAUUUGAAUAUGUGCGGUUUAAAUUUAGUGCAUAAAACACAAUGUUAAAUAAGUUUAAUUAUUCUAUAAAAUGCAUUAAUGUUUAUUUAUAGACGCAUGAUUAAACAAAAAUUGUAUUAUUAGUUUUUUACUGAAAAUAAUAACUUUGUAAACAGUUUGGUGCAUAGUUUUUAAUAAUUAUUAAACAAUAUGGAAAGCACUGAAGAAUUUCCAUUCCCCUUUCCACCGUAUCCUAUACAAAAUCAAUUUAUGAAAGAAUUGUACAAUUGUUUAGAAAAUGCUAAUUUAGGAAUCUUUGAAAGUCCAACAGGUACGGGUAAAUCUAUGUCAAUUAUUUGUGGUGCUUUGAAAUGGCUAAUUGACCAUGAAGAAUUACAAAGAAGCCACUUAAAUACUGCAAUUUCUCAACUUGAUGAGAAAAUGAAAGAAUGUUCUAAUGCAUCUGAUAAUUGGGUAUUUGUACAGACUGAACAAAUGCAAUUGACUGUUGAAAAACAAGCAGUUACAAAAAAAUUAAACAGUAUUCUUCAGUAUGAACGUAAAAAGAAUGCACUUAAAGAAAUAGUAAAACAGACAAAUAAUAAGAAAAACCCACACAGUCAAGUGAAAACUAGUAAUACAAAGCAAAAUAAAGAAACAGAAAAUGAGUUAUUACUUGACAAGUUAAAUGUACAAGAAGAAACCAUAGAAGAAGAAUUAGUUUUAGAAGACAUAAUUCAUGAUUCAGAUAACUAUGAAAGUGAAGAGGAAGAAGAAGAAGUCUAUGAAAACACUAAAAUCUUUUUUUGUUCAAGAACUCAUUCUCAACUAUCACAGUUUGUAGGAGAAUUAAAGAAAAGCCCUUAUUCAAAAAUUGUGUCUGUUGUUACAUUAGCGUCUAGGCAAAAUUAUUGUAUUAACAAAAGUAUUAGAAAAUUGAAACACUUAAAUGUAAUGAAUGAAUAUUGUUUGCAAUUGCAAAAGAAAAAUACAACAGCAAAAAGUGAAAAAGAUUUGAAAAGAAAAAAAGUCACAACCAAUUGUCCAUUUUUGCCAGGAAAUCAAGACUUAUUGAUAGGAGAAGCUGUAACACAAAUUCAGGAUGUUGAAGAAAUAGCACAGAAAGGAGAAAACAUUAAAACAUGUGCAUAUUAUGCAUCGAGAAAAGCAAUUCCAUAUAGUCAGAUUGUACUAAUUCCAUACAAUUCUAUAUUGCAUAAAAAUACUAGAAUUAGUUCUGGAAUUAAAUUAAAAGGAAACAUAUUAAUAAUUGAUGAGGCCCAUAAUUUACUUGAGGCUAUUGAAAGAAUGCACAGUGUUAUGAUUACAGGUAGAAAUAUAUUGCACUGUUACAGUCAACUUUCACAAUAUCAAAAAAGAUUUCAAGCUCUGUUUUCUGCUAAAAGCGUUUUAAGCUUAAGUCAGUUGAGUUUUUACUUAAAGAAGCUUUUAACUGUAUUUAGUGCCACUACAAAGUCAAAUCCUAAUGAUAUUCUCAAUAUAGAAACAACUUCAAAAUUGUAUAAAGUUGAGGAGUUCGAAGUUAUGACAGGAAUUGAUACUGUUAAUAUAUUUGAGUUAUUAAAAUUUAUUAAGAAUUCUAAAUUGUGUCAUAAACUGCAGAGUUUUAUGGAACAAUAUGGAAAUAAAUUAAAAAUUCAUAAAAAUCGUACAAAAACAUCUGGUGUAUCGCAAUUCUUAAAUUCAAUUAAGAAUAAAGACUCAGAACACAAUGUAUCUGACAAAAAUUCAAUAUCCGAUGAAGAACAAUCAAACAAUCCAUUGAUAUCAAUUGUGAGUUUUAUGGAAUGUUUGCAAAGUAGUUGUAGCGAUGGACGCAUAUUUGUAGUUCCUGGUUCAACUAUUGGUCAAAGUACUAUAAAAUUUCUGUUAUUAAAUCCAGCAGCCUAUUUUUAUGAUAUUGUACAAGAUGCCAGAUCUGUAAUAUUAGCUGGUGGAACAAUGGCACCAAUGGACGAAUUUAUAGAGCAAUUAUUUAUCGCAGCAGGCGCAGCACCUGAAAGAAUUGUCACAUUUUCAUGUGAUCAUGUAAUACCUCAAGAAAAUAUAACAUGCAAUAUUGUAACACAUGGCCCAACUGGUGUUGAAUUUGAGUUCAAUUUUCGAAAUCGACAAAACAUCACAUUGUUAAAUGAACUGGGCAGAGCAUUAGUAAAUAUAUGUAAUAUUGUACCAGCUGGAAUUGUAGUAUUUUUACCUUCUUAUAAUUUUGAAGAACUGCUGUACAAACACUUAGAUAAAUCUGGUAUUAUAGCGAAAAUUUCUUCAAAGAAAUGUGUUUUUCGAGAACCCAAAUUAGCUUCUCAAGCAAAUGAAAUUUUGGAACAGUAUUCGCACCAUAUUAAAAAGCCACAAAGUCCACAAAACGGAUCAUUAUUAUUUAGUGUAGUAGGUGGUAAACUAAGCGAAGGUUUAAAUUUUUCUGAUGAUUUGGGUAGAUGUAUUAUAAUUAUAGGAAUGCCGUACCCGAAUGUUAAAUCACUGGAACUACAAGAGAAAAUGAAAUAUUUAAAUGAAAACAUUAAAUCAAAUGCUGGACAAAACUUCUAUGAGAAUGCUUGUAUGAAAGCAGUGAAUCAAUGUAUUGGACGAGCCAUCCGACAUAUUAAUGAUUAUUCAUCAGUUGUUUUAUUUGAUAAACGAUAUUCCCAAAAAACUAAAGCGCUUCCACAUUGGAUUCAACGUACCGUAAUCACUCAUAAUACCUUUGGUAGCAUGAUCGGUACUAUAGCUAAAUUUUUUACUAGAAAACGAAAUGAAUGCAAUAAAAAAUAAUUAAAAAUCAUACUCGAAUUCAAACAGCUUUACUUAUAAAAUGCUGCUUCAUAAUGUAGUAUAAUGAAAUAUAUAAAUUUAUUACAUAAAAUUUGCAAGUUGUACUUUAAAUUUGUAUGUCAAAUCGUGACAGUAAACUUGACCAGGGUACAAUAUGGAACAUGGAAAAUGUGACUGAAAGAAUUCAUUACAUAUAUUUUUUUAAUAUUUUUUUAUUUUAAAAAUUUUAAUUAUUAUGUUUAACAUUUGUAUUUAAGUAAUGUACUUACAUGAUGUAUUGCAUCAGGAUAAUUCUGUGGUUGAAUAGUAAAACCACAGUAUUUUUUGUAAUGGGCUCCUUGUUUUCCUAAAAUAAAUUCUAACUUUUUUGGUUUGGUAAUUAUUCCUUUCCAUGAU